GAAAAGCAAAAAAAAAAUGUAGAAUAAGUUGGAAAAAUAUGAACGUGGUGAAAACCUUUCUUGAGACCUGUAUCCAUGAGAUUUCCGUAAACGGGCGGGAAGGUAGUAGUCUGAAAGCUCUUUCUUGGAAGAAAGUUGCUGACAUUUUGAAUGGGACUCAUAAGUUUUCUGUUGAUCGAAGGAAAAUGAAAAAUCAUUAUGAUUAUCUUAAAGGAAAAUAUGGAGCCUGGUUACUCCUCAAAAAUAAAACAGGCAAUGUGUAUGAUCCGUCCACCAACACAUUUAAUCUUACACCCGAGGAAUGGGAGAUUGAAAUUAAGAAAAAUAAGUACAUUGAAACUUUGAGGACUGCAUCGCUUCCAUUCCCUGAACUUUGUGCACAACUAUUUGACGAGUCUGUUACAACGAGCGUUGAGAGUUGGGGACCAACUUCAGUCGAACCUAUGCCACAUGGACAUACUUCAUCUGAUGGUCCAAUUGUGGUUGAAGAAGAAGUGGAGUUUCAAGGUGCACAAGUUAUGUCUACAUCGGCAGGUCAAUGUUCAAGCCUUAAGCAAUCAAAAAAACUCAAAACUAAGGGCAAACAAGGAAAUUCAGCCAUUGAUGAAGAAUUUUUGAAUGUGAUUCGCUUAGUUGCUUCAAAACAUGUGAAGCCCGAAGCACCAUCGAAACCUGAACCACCAACUUUUGAUGAUUGCGUGAACAAACAAAAAAUGCUUGGAUGGGAAGGAGAUGACCCACUAUACGGCGUUUCCUUCGCAAUCUUUUGUGAUCCAAAUGAUCUUUAUCGCGAAGCAUGGAUGAAAAUUGAUGCGGCACUCCUUCCAAAUUGGGUCAAAAUGAUUGGGAAAAAAAUUAGGAAUUAUGUAGGUUGUUAGUUUCUCGUGCGUUUGUUUGAACGUAUUCAAGACUACAUUUGGUUAAUAUGGAUCUUGAGGCGCAACUUCUAAUCCUAAUGCUUGUGUAUUAUUAUGUGAGGCGAAGAAAUUCUACUCUAAGAAUGCCAAGAAUAAGAGAUAACACUUCUGCAUUAACUGGACAUGCUUACACACAGGUGUUACUAGAUGGUUCUAAUACACAAUGUGUGGAAUUAAUGCGUGUCUCUCAUGCCGGAAAUGUACUAUUAUGCAACCAUUUUAGACAAAGAAAUUGGUUGAGUGAUAGUAAGCAUAUAAGUGUUGAGGAAAAGAUGGCUAUAUUUUUGACAACAAUCGGAAAUAAUCAGAGGUUUAGAGUGAAUAAAAGGAGUUUCCAACACUCUACAUGAACUGUUCACAAAUGUUUUCAUGAAGUUCUACAAGGAAUGGUGGAAUUUGCAAAAGAAAUGAUAGUACCAACAAUGGCCAAUUCAGUCCUAAAUUUGUGAAACUGGCAAAAACGUUUGAGAGGUUUUUCCGGGAGCGGUUGGAGCACUAGAUGGAACUCUUGUACACGCAAUUGUGUCCGAUGAAAAGCAAACUAUUUAUAGGGGAAGAGGAGGGGGUCGGUGUUAUCAAAACGUUUUAGGAAUUUGUGAUUUCAAUAUGAUAUUCACUUUUGUUUGGGCUGGUUGGGAAGGAAUAACACAUGAUUCUCGAGUACUAACGCAAGUUGUAAUUAAUCCUAAUUCCGGCUUUCCACUUCCUCCACAAGAUAAACAGUGGCGGAACCACUUAAGGGCUUGGGGGUGCUUGUGCCCCUGCAGCCCUGCAGUUCUUUGAUUAUAUAUACUCCGCCUAACUCCUAAGUAUGUGUUAUUAAUAUAUUACAAGGCACCAGCCUUUUGUAACCAAAUUAGAAGCGGUAGUGAGUGGAACAAGAUUUUGAAGUUGAAGCUCCUCUUUAUUUAUAGAUUAAGGGGUGGGGAAUGGGGUUGCAGGUCCGGUGUGGGACAUUUGUUCAUUGUAGUUCUAGUGGAAGCCAAAAACUCAUCUACGUUAGAAUUGAAAAGGCAAGCAAUUUAUUAUUUCGGUGUGGG